CUAGCCUGGAAAGUGUUGUUUUGUUUGUUCGCCGCGCACCCAGUGCACUCUAACUCCGAGGACCGGAGCCGAAAAUGUCCUUUCAUUCGGUUUUGGAAGAAACAAACUCUUUAACGAUGAAUGUAGGGGAUCGGUUGGAUACUACCAUCCAUGCGUGUCCAGCUUAUGAGCUCAGUAAAGCGGUGUCAGUGUCUUUGGGUUUGGAUUCGGUGUCUUCUCCGCCCAAUAAUAUGAACCAGAGCUCCAGCAGCGCCUUCGCAGAAUGCGACUCCACUGUGGCGGAUACUUCUCGGGGAGUGCCAGAGUUGAGAAGGACUGGAAAUAUGAACUCCGACAGCAGCAUGCGUGUCCUGGGUGACAGCAGCCUUAGAGAGGACGACUUUGGAGAAGUGUGCCAGGGCAUACAGCAGGUGAGCUGUAUGGAUCUGUUCGGACCGGGCGAAAUGGACGGUGCGCAAACUGUGACGCGUGGCUCGGUGAUAUCCAGAUACGUCUGCAGGGAGUCAAAUGUGUUUAUGAACCCCACGGUGGAGCUGCCCGCGACCCCUCAGGUGCCCGAGGUCGUACCCUUAACACCACCUUCGUCUUACUAUGCCAGUUCAGACCUAUAUAGGGAUUUCCCACCGCAAAUGUGGUGCGCAAAUGAGCGCGCACACAGCGACCGAUCCCAGCCUCAGCCACAGAGGGGAGAAUCGGGCGAACAUAAUUUCUUGUGCAAAUACUGUAAUUGUGGGCAAGCUCCUCGCGGAAACAGGCAGGAAUGCCGCUGUAUCUGGUACGGUAGAGGUGAGCAGGGUGGCAAAGGUGGCAUGCGAGCGACGGCACAAGGAUAUGGCCAAAUGGAAAGUUACCCAAGUGCGAUUCCUCAGGGGCAGAGCACUUUCUCCACUAUCAAGAGCGAGCCUUCGGUGUGGAUGAAUUGCACAGAUCGCAGUUUAAGGCAUGAGGACAUUUUUCCAGGUGUGUAUCUGUCAGAAAGGAGAGUGUGUCAAGUGUGCGGAGAUGACGCCUCGGGUUGUCACUAUGGAGCAGUCACCUGCGGCAGCUGCAAAGUAUUCUUCAAGAGGGCCGCUGCAGGUAAGCAGAACCACUUGUGUGCCAGCCGAAACGAUUGCACCAUCGACAAACUGAGGCGGAAAAACUGCGCGUCGUGUCGCUUAAAGAGAUGCUUCAUGUCGGGAAUGAGCCUUAAAGGUCGCAGGCUGAAGGGAGCCGGACAGGCGAGAAAUGGAGAAGAGGAGCAACAGCCAGCUAGCUGGGGACACGGAGAAAAAGAAGAGAGGGCAGCGAAGAAAGAUGCAGUCUUAGAGUCCGGAAAUGCAGCUGUCAGGGCUCAAGGUGCUUCCCAGGCCCUGGGUGCUGCCAUCCCCCCACCUCUGCAAUCCUGCCUGUCCCUGCUCAGCAUCCUACAGGCUAUUGAACCAGCUCUGGUCAAUGCCGGGCAUGAUCCUGCCCAGCCAGACAGCCCUAUGUCCUUGCUCACCAGCCUGAACGAGCUGGGGGAACGGCAGCUGGUAACCGUGGUCCGCUGGGCCAAGGCAAUACCAGGGUUUCGGGACCUGCACGUGGAUGACCAGAUGUCAGUGAUUCAGCUGUCAUGGAUGGGAGUGAUGGUGUUUGCCUUAGGUUGGAGAUCCUACACGCUGACUAACAGCUCUAUGCUCUACUUUGCUCCAGACCUGGUUUUCAAUGACCAGCGGAUGCAAGUGUCCAGCAUGUAUGAACACUGUGUGAGGAUGAAGCUACUAUCCCAAAGACUGUGCAUGCUCAAGGUUACCCAGGAGGAGUUCCUCUGCAUGAAGGCCCUGGUCCUCCUCAGCAUCAUGCCAGUGCAGGGCCUGAAGAGCCAGAGUUGUUUUGACAAACUGCGGACCUCCUACAUCAAGGAGCUAGACCGUUUGUCCAGCCACCGCGGAGAGACCACCCGUACGCAGAGACUGUUUCAGCUCACGCAGCUGCUGGACUACCUCCAGACGGUUGUGAGGAAAUUACACCAGUUCACCUACGAUCUGUUCAUCCAAGCUCAGUCCAUGCAAAUGCAUGUCAACUUCCCAGAGAUGAUCUCGGAGAUUGUGAGCGUCCACGUGCCCAAAAUCCUCUCUGGGAUGGUCAAGCCCAUCCUUUUCCACAACGCGGCCUAGUGAGUGAGAGUCUCCAAGACUGUCUUUUCAUCAGCCACACCGACCGGAAAGAGUUCUCAAUGAUUUUUACGCUUCUGUCCUGAGAGCAGGGUGCCGUCAAGGUGUUAGCAGAUGCUAACAGAAGGGCAGACAGCACAUUCUUCCAGUCCAAUGUAGUCUGAUUUCAUCUUCUCACUUCUUCUUCUUAUUGCCUGUUUGAAUGUAUCCCGCACAUACACAAAUGCUUUUUGGGGGCUGAUUAAAAUACUUGCAUGCAUUUUUGUCCACAUACUAACGGUGAACCUCAUGGCAUGUAAACUUCUUCAGCUCUUCAUGUGCACUGAAAAAAAAGCCCAUGCUGGAUUUAUUUAAUUCAAUAGUGGACAUUGGUUGCACACAACUGUUUUGGUUUGGCAGAAACUUAAACAACUGAGUUAAAUCAACACAGCUUAUUCAUAUUCAGUAAACCUGUGCAUUUUGUGUUGAUAAAACGCGACUGAAACAUGUUUAGAUGAAGUAAGGUGAGCUCUUGGAAUAUUUUAAUCCUUCGCAAUUUUGUCUUUUUAAUCUCAAAACUAUUCAAUAACUUUUAGCCCAGUACUACUUGGUCACUACACGUUGUCUUCAUAUUACAUAAUGAUCAACAAAGUUUAGAGUCUGGUUAACAUAAGAAUUGAAUGGAUCUAUUGAACGACUACCAUCCUCCUAUCUUUAUCUGGGUUGCAGGGGGGCUGGUGCAUAACCCAAAAGUGAUAGGGUAAGAGGCAGGGUACACCCUGGACAGCUCACCAGUCUAUGACAUAGAGACAAACAACCAUUUGCACUCACAUUCACAGAUAAUUUAGAAUCACCAGUUAACCUAACCCUAACAACUGCAUGACUUUUAACUGUGGGAGGAAACCAGAAUACCCAGAGAGAAACCAGUGCAAACUAGCCAGAUUGUGGAUUUGAACCCAGGCCCUUCUUGCUGUGAGGUAACAGCGCUAACCACUAUGCCACCAAUCCAGGUUUAACAAAAAUAGGAAAGCUAUUAUUUCAAGAAUUUGAAAAGAACUUGAUGCAGAGUUUUCUGUACAUUUUUGUCCUUGACAGGUUAAACCACAAUAAAUA